AUGCUCCUCGGAUCAGGACCAACACUGUCACUGCUCUGUCAAGGCAAGAAGAAACUCACGCCAGCGGAUCAGCUAGAGCUCUAUCUUCAGCAGACUCUGCUCGGCUGGGUAAUUGGAGGAAGCGCGCCAACGAUGCAGCCGGUGCGUCAACGCGUAUGCCACGCACUCAGCACUUCCAGCCUUGAUGUCGAUCUCACCAAGUUCUGGGAAAUCGAAGAAGCCGACGCCACUCAAUCUUCAACCAACGAUAAUUCAGANGUGCGUCAACGCGUAUGCCACGCACUCAGCACUUCCAGCCUUGAUGUCGAUCUCACCAAGUUCUGGGAAAUCGAAGAAGCCGACGCCACUCAAUCUUCAACCAACGACAAUUCAGAAUGCGAGCAACACUUCCUGGAGAACGUCAAACGCGAUAAUUGCGGCAGGUACAUUGUCGCUUUGCCGUUCAACGGAAAAAAGGCUCUGAUCGGGGAAUCAAGAUCACGGGCUUUUCGCCGACUGAAAUCAUUGGAACGAAGGCUGGAUGGUAAUGCUGAACUCAAUACACAUUAUCGUGCUGUCAUCCAGGAAUAUCUCGAUCUUGGCCACCUCACAGAUGUCACGGAGAGAGACCUAUCCCAGUUUGGAUACUAUUUGCCACAUCAUGCUGUGAUAAAAGAGAGCAGCACUACAACCAAAGUCCGUGUUGUCUUUGACGGAUCAUCAAAGACCAGCACCGGAGUGUCUCUGAAUGAGACCCUACAUGUCGGACCUACAAUCCAGGACGACAUAUUCUCUCUCCUUCUCCGCUUCCGUCUGUAUCCAUAUGUGCUUACAGGUGAUAUCGAGAAGAUGUACAGACAAGUUCUCGUACGCCCUGAGGAUAGAAUAUACCAGCGGAUUCUGUGGCGCCAUGGAAAGGAGCCAGUGAGAACAUUUGAACUCAACACGGUGACGUUCGGACUCUCGGCAGCUCCAUACCUAGCGAUUCGAUGUCUUCAUCAACUUGCUAGCGAUGAAGGCCAUCGGUAUCCAGUCGCAGCAAAGGUACUCCAGCGCGACCUAUACGUCGACGACCUGCUCACUGGAACACAGACACGAGAAGAAGCUAUUCAACUGCGAGAAGAUCUCAAUAACCUGGUGAAGCUCGGUGGAUUCAACCUCAGGCAGUGGGCCUCCAAUGAUCCAUCAAUCUUGAACGACUUGGCACCAGACAGUGUCAAUCAGCAUCUGCAAAUUGGAGACUCUACCACCUUAAAAACUCUGGGGGUUUUUUGGAACUCAUCAGCAGACACUAUCACGUACGCAGCCAAGAUAUCAACGAAUGCCAUAAUUACCAAGCGCUUCGUUUUAUCGGAAACUGCAAAGAUCUUUGAUCCUCUUGGACUUUUAUCACCAAUUUUCAUCAUACCCAAGAUGAUCAUGCAGAAACUCUGGACGCUGAAGAUAGGCUGGGACACACCACUUCCAUCUGAGGUUCAAGAAGAGUGGCUCCAGUUCUACGAUCAACUUCAUUUAAUCAGCAAGGUGACCUUUCCACGCCUUGCACUCCAAGAAAAAUUCAGGGAAAUCCAACUUCAUGGAUUCAGCGAUGCCAGUCAAGAUGCCUAUGGAGCCUGUGUCUACCUUCGUUCAGUGGGAAGCAAUGGGGAGGUCAACACUGCACUGCUAUGUGCCAAAUCUCGUGUUGCGUCUCUCAAACAAAUUACCAUUCCGAAACUCGAACUCUGUGGGGCACAGUUGCUCAUUAAACUCAUCCAAGGUGUCAAAAAGGCCAUGAACAUCAACAUCGAUCGGACUGUCUACUGGACUGAUUCCACCAUCGUUCUCCACUGGAUCCACACACCAGCACAUCAGCUACAGACCUUUGUCUCCAAUCGCGUGGCAGACAUUCAAGCAAAGUCUGAACCAGCUGAGUGGAGACACGUAAGGACUCAUGAGAAUCCAGCUGAUCUCGUAUCUCGUGGACAAGACAUCAAAGACUUCAUCACCUCCAACAUUUGGUUCGAGGGCCCUUCAUGGCUCCAAGCAGAUCAAAGCAGCUGGCCAGUUCUGUAUCUCCAAUUCUCAUCCCCGCCAUUGGAGAUCAAGAGGAGAUUCUGCCAUGUGGCCUAUAGUAGACGACAGCAACAUUCUCUGGAAUGGUAUUCUUCAAUUUUGAAAUUGCGAAGGGUAAUUGCUUUUUGCCUACGCUUUAGAACAAAAAGGAAGGAAUCCCUCACGGCAGACGAAUUGAUCGCCGCUCAACGUGGCAUAAUAUAUUGGCUACAAGCAGAGGCUCUCCACCCCCUCAAACGUGCUCUCCAAGAUACUGAGGACAAACGAUCAAAAAACGGAGAAUUGGCUAAGGUGUCCAAGCGGAGCCCAUUCCUGGACAAGGAUGGACUCAUCAGAGUGGGAGGCAGACUGCAAAAUGCAAUGAUUCCAUAUGGACAACGUCAUCCGAUCAUUCUACCCAAGUCUCAUCCAGUCACCAAGCUCAUCAUUGAGGAAGCCCACGUGUCUCAGUUACAUGCUGGCCCUCAAGCAACUCUUUAUUACAUCAGGCAACAGUAUUGGCCACUGGACGGUCGAAACUCCGUGCGUAGCACUAUUCACAAAUGCGUACGAUGCACGAGGCUGAAUCCACCAGCGGUCGAUUACGUCAUGGGCAAUCUACCAACAGCCAGAGUUACGGAGUCCCGCCCGUUUACAAAUGUAGGUGUUGACUACUGCGGUCCCUUCUUCGUCAAGGAGAAGAAAUUUCGGAAUCGUGGCCGUGUCAAAAUCUACGUAGCAGUUUUCAUAUGUCUAGCCAUAAAGGCCGUCCAUCUUGAGGUUGUAAGUGAUCUCACAACGGAGGCUUUUCUGGCGGCCCUACGGAGAUUCAUCGCCAGACGAGGAUGCUGCCGAAACAUCCACUCGGACAACGGCACAAACUUCGUUGGGGCCAACAACGCGCUAAAGGAGAUCUAUGAACUCUUCAAGUCUGAAGAGCAUCAGAAGACAGUCCAAUCGUGGUUGACUACAAAACAGAUUCGAUGGCACUUCAUCCCUCCCUUAUCACCACACUUUGGGGGUUUAUGGGAAGCAGCCGUAAAGUCCUUCAAGUAUCACCUGUAUCGGAUCAUCACGGACGAGCUGCUCACCUUCGAAGAAUUCAACACUCUGGUCAUCGAGAUUGAAGCAGUAUUGAACUCUCGGCCGUUGACUCCAAUGUCGUCCGACCCUAACGAUUUGUUGGCCCUUACGCCUGGCCACUUUUUGAUCGGGGAGUCGCUCACUUGA